AUGACAAAUGUUGUCAACAACACUCAAAAUAUCUCCCCUCUAGCUACUCCUGCUUCUGCUACUACUUAUGCAGUCACUACUUCCACUAGAAGUAACCCGAGUAACAUUACAAGGGUUGCUUCCCGAGGCGGUGGCGGCGGUGGAAGUGGAGCAAAUGGUUCGCAAGCUUGCGCUGCGUGCAAGUAUCAACGCAGAAGAUGUGCGUCUGUUUGUCCGUUAGCCCCUUAUUUUCCAGCCGAAAGGCAGAAAGAUUUUCUCAAUGCCCACAAACUUUUCGGUGUUAGUAACAUAUUGAAGGUCCUAAAAAAUGUGCCUCCGUUUCAGAAAGACAACGCUAUGAAAGCAUUAAUCUUUGAGGCUAAUAUUCGUGCCGACGACCCUGUUGGAGGGAGUCAUCGAGUCAUCCAGAAUCUACAUCGGCAAAUUAAUCUAUAUCAGGCACAAUUGCAACUUGUUUAUCACCAAAUUGUGCGGGUCCAAGAGGCUGCUAUCCAAGAACAGCAAAAUUUUAAUACGAUGGCUUCAGUUCGUGGAACUAAUAGUACUUUGAAUUUUGAUAUGUUGCCGCUGCAUGACCUUCAUGGCUUCGACAGAUCUAAUUCAAUUUCUCUUGGAGAAGCAGGAUCAAGCAGUCAAAUAGUAAAAGGAAAAGGAGUCGAGAGAUUCAGUAGUGCUGAAGAAUUUGAAGCUAAAACAAUGAUGACACAUUCAGAUGGCAAACAACCUUUGGUUGAAUCUGAGCAUAUCAAGCCAUAUUUUGGAAGUAUUCAUAAUUUUAAAGGCAAAGGAGUAACAACAGAAUUAAG